AUGUCAGAUAGAAGGAAGAGCUGGGCCCCUCUGUCCAGCCGGACCCAGCAGUGGGCCCUGGAGGACAAGGAGGAACAGGAGCGAGAACGCCGGCGGCGACUCUGGAACCUGAGAUUCACCACGGACGAUGAGGACCUGCCGGCCCCUGAGAGCAGCAGCGUGAGGCUCCCGGCCAGCUCGGUCAAAUUAGGCCUGAAGGUGGAGCAAUACCUCUCGGCCAUACAGAGAUCAGAGUCUAUCAGGUAUGCAAACCCAUUCCACACUGAGUUCCCAGUGGUUCCCGUGGAUGUCACCAGCAAGCGCCACCUUUUCGAGAAGGAGCAGGUGGGCCAGAGCCAAGAGGACCCAGCCUCUAGCCGCAAGAACCAGGAGACACAGAGGGAGUUGGCAGCUGGCAGCAAGCCCCAGUGGAGGAAGAAGCCAGAGGCCCCGCUGGGUGCCGAGGGGGUGCUGGCGGGCAGGGCACAUGCGGGCUCCUAGAAGCCGUCUGCUGCACAGAAGACACUUGAGCCGAAAGCAAGCCUGGACCCUGAGACUCCCCGCCCCAGUAAAUGUUUCAUGUUCCAGAAGAUCUCUGUGCUGGAGGAGAGAGCUGUCUCAGGAAAGAGGGCAGUUCCAGACAAAGCCAGCGACUCAGAGAAAAGACCAGUGUCUGAGAAAGCCACCGUCUUCGAGAAGACCCCAGUCCCCGAGAUGCAGCCGGCCCCAGUCAGGGCCAUGGCCCCAGUGUGGCCCCAGGACUGGGAGCAGUCAGCCUCAGCAGAGUGCCCAUCCAGCCCCAGGAGGCAGCGGGGCACUGGGCCUGAGAAGGAGCCCGAGUCUUUGGCGGGGCCUCUGCCCCGGGCUGGCGGCCUCCCGCCUGUCACUCUGCAGGUGAGCAGCCCCAGCACGGAGGCGGAGGCCAAGUCCCCCUCGCCCACAGUGGCCUUGCCCACCUUCAGCAGCAGCCUGCAGCGCUCCAGCCCCCACGCCAUCUCCUUCAGGAUGAGCCCCCGGAGAGAUAGCUCAGAGGCGGCCUUAACCCGCAGCAGCAGCGUGAGGCUCCCGGCCAGCUCGGUCAAAUUAGGCCUGAAGGUGGAGCAAUACCUCUCGGCCAUACAGAGAUCAGAGUCUAUCAGGUAUGCAAACCCAUUCCACACUGAGUUCCCAGUGGUUCCCGUGGAUGUCACCAGCAAGCGCCACCUUUUCGAGAAGGAGCAGGUGGGCCAGAGCCAAGAGGACCCAGCCUCUAGCCGCAAGGAGAACUUGCAGCUCUCAGGGGUGGAGAAGUCACAGCUCAUCCUGUGGAUGAGCAGGGCCCAGGAGUCAGCACAGCAGGGCCCACAGAACCAGGAGACACAGAGGGAGUUGGCAGCUGGCAGCAAGCCCCAGUGGAGGAAGAAGCCAGAGGCCCCGCUGGGUGCCGAGGGGGUGCUGGCGGGCAGGGCACAUGCGGGCUCCUAGAAGCCGUCUGCUGCACAGAAGACACUUGAGCCGAAAGCAAGCCUGGACCCUGAGACUCCCCGCCCCAGUAAAUGUUUCAUGUUCCAGAAGAUCUCUGUGCUGGAGGAGAGAGCUGUCUCAGGAAAGAGGGCAGUUCCAGACAAAGCCAGCGACUCAGAGAAAAGACCAGUGUCUGAGAAAGCCACCGUCUUCGAGAAGACCCCAGUCCCCGAGAUGCAGCCGGCCCCAGUCAGGGCCAUGGCCCCAGUGUGGCCCCAGGACUGGGAGCAGUCAGCCUCAGCAGAGUGCCCAUCCAGCCCCAGGAGGCAGCGGGGCACUGGGCCUGAGAAGGAGCCCGAGUCUUUGGCGGGGCCUCUGCCCCGGGCUGGCGGCCUCCCGCCUGUCACUCUGCAGGUGAGCAGCCCCAGCACGGAGGCGGAGGCCAAGUCCCCCUCGCCCACAGUGGCCUUGCCCACCUUCAGCAGCAGCCUGCAGCGCUCCAGCCCCCACGCCAUCUCCUUCAGGAUGAGCCCCCGGAGAGAUAGCUCAGAGGCGGCCUUAACCCGCAGCAGCAGCGUGAGGCUCCCGGCCAGCUCGGUCAAAUUAGGCCUGAAGGUGGAGCAAUACCUCUCGGCCAUACAGAGAUCAGAGUCUAUCAGGUAUGCAAACCCAUUCCACACUGAGUUCCCAGUGGUUCCCGUGGAUGUCACCAGCAAGCGCCACCUUUUCGAGAAGGAGCAGGUGGGCCAGAGCCAAGAGGACCCAGCCUCUAGCCGCAAGGAGAACUUGCAGCUCUCAGGGGUGGAGAAGUCACAGCUCAUCCUGUGGAUGAGCAGGGCCCAGGAGUCAGCACAGCAGGGCCCACAGAACCAGGAGACACAGAGGGAGUUGGCAGCUGGCAGCAAGCCCCAGUGGAGGAAGAAGCCAGAGGCCCCGCUGGGUGCCGAGAAGAUCUCUGUGCUGGAGGAGAGAGCUGUCUCAGGAAAGAGGGCAGUUCCAGACAAAGCCAGCGACUCAGAGAAAAGACCAGUGUCUGAGAAAGCCACCGUCUUCGAGAAGACCCCAGUCCCCGAGAUGCAGCCGGCCCCAGUCAGGGCCAUGGCCCCAGUGUGGCCCCAGGACUGGGAGCAGUCAGCCUCAGCAGAGUGCCCAUCCAGCCCCAGGAGGCAGCGGGGCACUGGGCCUGAGAAGGAGCCCGAGUCUUUGGCGGGGCCUCUGCCCCGGGCUGGCGGCCUCCCGCCUGUCACUCUGCAGGUGAGCAGCCCCAGCAUGGAGGCGGAGGCCAAGUCCCCCUCGCUGGUGGGCCAGAGCCGAGGGCCCAGCCUCCAGCCACAAGCUGCUGGCUCCUGGCUUCAGCCGGUCUUGCCCCGGAUCUACUGGUACGGGAAGGGCCACUGGGCUCAGAGGCCCCCGGGGACCGUGGAAGGACAGCCUCAGCUGAGACGGGGCCAGGUCAACAGAAGAGCAGGAACCUGGGAGGAUCUCAUUGCCCUGGUCCAGCUCUGCAGGUGGGCCAACAGCUGCUGUCAGGACGAGUCCAGCUGCCUGCUGGGCACAGGGCUGAGGAGGGAAGAGGAGGCCAUGUCGGACGUGGAAUAG